GCCGAAUAAGAAAUUUACCAUACUGUCACAGACGUUGAAAUGGGCAUCGGGCUGCGGAGGCGGCAGAGUUUGAAUAUGCUUGGUCGACCUCCCGCUUCGACGGUCGUUGGUGCAGACGGAAUUGCGGCGUCUGAAGUGGGCCAGUGUUCCCUGACGCUGUCAUUACUGCCUCUUGGUGCAAAUUUAGGGCUUUGCAGUCACUGGGUCUUGUGUGUGGACUUGCACACGACCUGAUUGCGGAGCCAUUGCUGUUUAAUUUCCUGGGCCACCGCUACGUGACGGUGGCGAGUGGUGCGGAACCGAUUGAAGAGGCACCGUCUUUAUGGAAUUGAUGCUUCCAUCGUAGAGAGAGUGAGAGAGAGAGAGAGAGAGAGAGAGAGAGAGUGUGUGUGCGCAUGUAUUCACGAGCUCUGCCUGCCUGCGGGAUUGAGAAUUGGCGAUUCUCUUAGGUUAUUGUCGGGUUAGAUUCGAUUGUACUUUCUCGCGGUGUCACUGAGGCAUUGAGGUGCUUCAGGAGGGUGUUAUCGUCAGCGGUGUACGUGGAGGCUCUGGGUGUGAUGAAAGUUUUCGGGUUAAGAAUUUAGGGUUUAAGGAUUCUUCUGAUAACUGAUGAGGCGGAAAACCACUCGUAGAUUACGAAGUGAAUUAUGGAGUCAGGUGUGAAGGACGCGAUUGAUUUUGAUCAAUUGGUGCGUAUUUUCGUUGACACGGACGUAGACACCCAUUUCAUUGUGUCUCUUCCCCGCACCUCAACUAUCGCCGAGCUGCGAGAAUUGGUAAAAGUCACACACAGACACUGCUACCCUGACAAUGGCGAUGUCGACAUUGGGAAACUUGCGGUGCCUGGUGGAGGGCAUGGGUAUCACCUAGCCGAUUUUCUUCGUAUUGGACAAGUGUAUGAUAGGUAUGAAGGCAAGGUGUUUGCGGAGGUCGAGAAGCAUGAUCCUGCGUCAAGCAGCGGUCAAAUGUUUUUCAAGCAGUCAUCUCUUAGUUUCAAAACAAGCUUAACACCAAAGAAGGUUCCGUUGCUAGAACCGCAGCCAUUUGAAAAUAGGGCGGUACAAGCACCUAUCAAUGUUUCUGGGUUGGUACAUCCGCUCGACUCUCGUGUUUUGGUUGGUGAACCCGGUCGUCAGGUAGCUGAGGAGCCGUGGAACGAGUUGAUAGUCCCAAAGCUGCAGAAGGAAGAAGAUUUAACUGGGGAUGAGAUUUGUCACUUAGACUCUCAGGAUCCUCUGGAUCGACAUCCCAGUAGAGUUAAUGGAUUGGCAGUUGACCUUUUAAGGAGUGCAGUUGGAGGAGAUGAUGGGAAGUCGGCGGAGAGACCCAAUACAGCUGUGUGUAACGAUGACGAUUCGGACAAAAUCAAUUUAGGGACAUCCUUAGCAUCUGAUUUGAAAGGGGUCAGGAAAAGGGAUUCUUCGGCGGAAAUUAAUGAAAGACCUUCCAAAUUGCGAAGGCUCGCCGAUCCGGCACUUGAUGGAAAGACAUUAGUAGAGGACAAUUCAUUUGAGCUUAAGCCUGAUGACGAAGAAGCGGUUUUCAACGAUCAGAAGGACUUAUCAGCAUCUGCAGACUCGCACAUUAAACCCUUGAUGACGACCAGGACAAGCAGUGAUGAGAAGGGGAAUAGAAAGAUAGAAGACAAUGAUACUGUCGCUGGUUCAGGAGUAGAAGGCAAUGGUGUUCGCGGUCUGGUAAUUGACGUAGAGCAGAAAUCAGAUGCUUUGUUGGAAGACUCUGGCGUACCUUUAGCUCGGGGGAAAAAGAAGAAGGAGAAGAAGCUAGAGUCGAGACAGCGAGAGACUAACGUCGGAAUUGUUUCAGUAGUGGAAGGUUCUUACACUGACGGCCUGGAAGCUGGGGGUGAACAGAAACCAGACACAUUACCCGGAGAAUCUGAUGUACCUCCAGAACUGGGCAAAAGGAAGAAAAAGAAAAAGCGGCAGCUGGAGCAAGAUAGAGUAGGCAUCGAUCUUGAUAAUGGUUUUGGAGUGGAAGGAAGUGAUAUUAACAACCUCGAAGUUGGUAGGAAAGAGAAAUCUUGUGAGUUGCCUGAAGAGUCCGGCGUGCCCUUAAAUGUGGGCCCAAAGUUGAAUAAGAAGAAGGGGGAGCAAUCGAAGAAGAAAAAGAAGAAGCGGAGGAAAGACGAGGUCACCCUCGAAGUGAGUACCAGCUUAAAUCCUGAUCAGAAAGAAUCUUAUGGACAACAUGAACUGGAGAAGUGCCUGUAUGUGGCAGGCGAUGGAAACCCGGCGCUUGCAGCUACUGGAGUUCAAUUGGCUGCAACUCCUCCAAGUCCUAACCAGUCCCACCACGUAGACAAUUACGAGGAAGCGAAUGUCGUUGAUAAUAUAAAGGUAAAGAAAAAUAGUCGAUUGAGGAAGAAAGGCAGCACUGCCACUGCAGCUGUGGCAUGCGAUGCUAGUAGCCAGAUGGGAUACGAAGAUUUAGCUAGGCCAUCUGUAUUGAAUAUCUCGAAAGAAGAGAUGUUGGGAAAUAGAACAUCAGGAAGAGAGGCUGAAGUGGCGAAAGAGGCAUCUGGAGAAGGUAUGAUUCAGACUGGCCCCAUAGCCAUUGGAACGGCACACAUCGAUGAUAAGGUGCUUUCACGAAAGGUAAAUUUGUUUGGUGAUACCAACGAUGUUGAGACUAGCACCUCGUAUCAAGCUGGUAUAGAGGUCUUGGCCCAGAGACAGGUUGCAAAAGUCAACUCUUUAGAAAGCCAGGAGACUCCCAAUUUAUCAAAACCUUUCUCAGGGACAGGGCCAGGCCGGGGCGCGCCUUCACAGGCUCACAGCUUUGAGUGUUCCGGAGAUGUGGAGGGAAAAGGAUUAGAGACAGUCAACACAAAAUCUUGUGGUAGCCCGGGCCAAAGUUCUCAGAGCACGAAGCACGCUAAGCAAGAAUCUGAGGGAAUUAAUUUAGGCUCAGAGGUAUCAGGUUCCUGGCUUCGUCGGGUCAGGGGAAUAGCCAGCAACUUCGAUGCCGUCAGUCAACAGGUCAUAGCCACGCGUGGAGAUGUUGCUCAUUCUUCGAGUACUACUGAAGAGAGCUCUGCAGAGAGGGAGCCCAGGCACGUCGACGAGUUAGAAUUUAGGAAGCCUGACAAAGUCGCACACCUCAGAAGUGCUUGCUACGAGAGAUCUGCGGAGAGUGAACCUAGAUUCGCUGAUGAAACGGAAACGAGAGACCAAGAAAUUGAGAACAGACAUAAAAACCUGGUGUCGGCAGGCGGACACAUGAAUCAUACACCAAGCAGAGUGAAUAGCCGCGAAAGACAUGCCGAUAUAUCUUCUAAAAAGGUGGAAGACGGAGGAGUGAAUAUGAAGAAUGACUCUGUUGAGUUCUUUUCUCAAGAUCAGUCGUUUCAAGUCGCUCCAGCGCAGGUUCGUAUGGCCUCAUCGGGUAGUACAACAGAUGAUAGUGAGGAUGAGUCUGACACCGAUCCAGUUGAAGGGACGGAUGAGUUGAAGAAGCGAAAAGUAGGUAACGCUAGCAUUGCCCACAAAAGAGUUGAGACAUCAGAAGAAUCCAGUGAUGAGAGCGGAGACUCGCCCACCGCUGGGGUUAAAAAGUCUACACCUCUGAUAAUGAGGACACCUGCUCCGACGGUUCCAGGAAUCAGAAACAAUGGCGUAAGCCACAACUUUAAACGUCGGGCUUCUGGAGUAGCUGCAGAAAUUGAAGCCAAGUUUGCACAGUUUAUUGAGAGCCAAGGUGGUUUGGACGAAAUUAUGGGCAUCACUCUUAGUCAACGGAAGCGGAGCAUGCCGAUAGAGUCUCUAUCGCAAGAUAAUUUGAGCGGUCAUGGCAUAGAAUCUCCUGCUAAUGCUCCUGAUAGUCUGCUUGAUUUGGCGUUAAACACACAGGACAGUGCUAGAAAUGAAUCAAUGAGUGUUGUAGGCUUGGAAAAGUACCAAGCGAUAGAUAUCGCACAGGCAUCUCAAACUUCAGCAGUGAAAUUGGGCACUACGCUAUUCAAGGUUCCAAAGCCUGUACCUAUUGGAACGAUCUUAGGCAGUGCCCAGGGAGCAUUGAGAUCAGCAGCAACAGCAGGGCAAUCUUCUGGAAGAGAUCCCUCCAAAUCAAAUGGACCUAAAGAUCUACGUUUAAAACGAAAGGACCCAUUGAAACAAAACGAUGCCACCCCUCUGCCAACUCUCGAUAUUUCAAAAGGAACACUUCUGAAUGACCCGUAUACUACAGAAGGAAGAUUAGAGUCAGCGGGAAAUUCUAGCCUCUUAGCACCUGUUGAAGUUCAGAGAAGAACGUUCCUGAAUGAUUUAAAUGCUGUCGCCACAAAACAACCUUCUGCAAGGAAAUCCAGUGAGAAGAAGAAUAGAGUAGAGGGAGAUUAUGAAGGUUCGCAAUUUAUGGUUGUAAACAACACAGAUCAUAUCUCGGAAGACGAGAGAGAGAAGAAGCUAGAAGGCAAGGAUGCAACCGUUGGGCCUUCUGGCAAAUUAGAUGUGGACUUUCAUGACGAUAAUGAUGAAAGCUUGAUUUCACCGGAGAAGACCGACAGAAAACGUAAGCAAAGAGAUGUAAAGAUAGAGUACUUCGAAGGGGGCGUUGAAGGAACUUCUGGAAUGCUUGGGCUUGAAAUUAGUGGAACGAAGAAGAGAAAGAAAGUAGAGACUGGAGAGAGGAAGUCUAAGAAAAAAAAGUUUCUGGCAAAAGUGUUGGAUGGCAAAGAGCUUAAUAUAUUGCCUGAGAAUUCUGUAGAACGAAGCGCUAGAGAAACUGAAGAACUUUACUUCAAAUUGGAGAAAGCAAAUAGAGAGCUUUGGAAACAGCAGGAAGCCUCAAGCUUGAAGCUAGAUGAAGAAAAGACAGAUCUCCAUGAUUCUUCUGCUGCAGAGGUUAAUGAAAUUGAAGUAGGUGAAGGUGAAGAUGUAGCACAAAGCAGGUUGAAAGGUGGAGAAAUAGAGGUUGGUAACACAAGUAAUAAUAAAAAGAAGGUGGUAUCUGACGACGCAGUGCGUGGGGAAGUUAAAGACGAUGUACAUCUGAAUUCUGCUUUACUUGCUGGGUCCACCGAAGCAAGUGAUAGAGAAGAUUUUGUUUUUCAAUCGCAAGAUGCCAACUUUGAAACUCCUAAAAUGUUGAAACACCCAGACAAGUCACAGCCCGUGCCUACUGAUAUCUUCGAUUUUGUCUCUGGGGACGAAUUACCUAUUAAGAUCUUGUCCAAGUCAGCAAAGACCAGUGAGAAGUUGAAAGCAAAACGCAUGGAGGAACUGUCCGAUAGGGCCGUUCAGCGGGUAUUACAGGAUGAGAUGCUUUAUGUUGUGGAUCCAAGUUCUGUUCCGGGGAAAAAGUCGAGGAAAGAUGCUAAACCUCAAAAAUGGACGGUUAGAAUGAGAGGAUUUUCACCCACUACUCCCGCAACGCCCCUUCACGAAGUGGUUGCUCCUAGCCCGAUCGUUACUUCGAAGCCUGUAACUGAUGUUGGCAAAGUAGGAGGACGGGUAAAGCAAGGAAGCUCUGCUAAGGCUAAGAAAGAGAAAAAACCUGAUGAAAUGGCUGUAUGCCCAAUAGGAUGUGGCAAAGUCUACUCUGGUAGGACUUCUGCGUGGUACACUCACAAGAGGGUUUGCACUGGAGCUCCUAAGUAGGUUUGUAGCAGUUCCUUCGUUUUGACUUUGAAGACUAAUUUUGUUAGGUGAGAUGAGUACACUCAGUAAUGGCAACGUUGCAAUUGAAAAGUCCGUUGCGUUGUUAGGGUAGUUUGUUCCAAAUUCAUUCUAUGAUCAAUCAAUGAUCUGAGCAACACAAGAUGUAGAAAGGGAAAGGCAAGUUUUUGAGUGGUUGUAUGGACAAUUGAGGGGCGGAAGUGUGAUGGCAUCCGCUAUCGCGGCCAACUGGAUGGCUUACGAUUAAAGGUUCCUAAUGGAAGGUUUUAUAUCAUCGGUUUGAUUAAUAUCACAA